CGAGAUUUCAACGUUUGGAGGGAAGAAGUGUCAUUCAACAAAGUGCGAUGCGUUGCAAUUGCAAUAGAAGGUUGAACGCUAAAUAUGGAAUAAGAGAGAGAGAGAGAGAGAGAGAGAAGGAAGGGAAAGCGACAGCGAGGGAGAACAAAAAGGGAAGGGCUUUAGAUGCUGGUGGGAUAGUAAAUGGGGAGAAUUUGAGAAGAUUAGACAUGGCUUUGCUCGAUUUUUCUCGGUUUUGGUCUUGGUAGAGGGGACAUCCAGUGCUGCAGGGCAAGAGUAAGCUUGGGUUCUUUUCAGAGGGAAACAGGGACGAAGUGGAGUUCUGAAGGCGAUUAGAAAUGGGUUUCUUUGGUACUAUACUGGGUUUCUUCGGAUUUUGUUUCGGGACUUCUAUUGGGCUUGUGAUUGGCUAUUAUUUUUUUAUCUACUUCCAACCCACCGAUGUUAAGGAUCCUGAAGUGUGUCCAUUUGUUGAGCAAGAUUCAACAACCUUGCAGCGGCUGCUUCCUGAGAUACCCCUUUGGGUGAAGAAUCCAGAUUAUGAUCGCAUUGAUUGGCUUAAUAAGUUCAUUGCAAGUAUGUGGCCUUAUCUUGACAAGGCAAUCUGCAAGACGGUGGAGAAUAUUACAAAGCCUAUCAUUGCUGAGCAAAUUCCAAAUUAUAAAAUUGAGUCGGUUGAAUUUGAAGCACUUACAUUGGGCACUUUACCACCGACUUUCCAUGGUAUGAAAGUCUACACUACUGAUGAGAAAGAGUUAAUUAUGGAGCUAUCCUUAAAAUGGGCAGGAAAUCCUAAUGUUAUUGUUGCUGCAAAGGCAUUUGGGUUGAAAGCAACAGUGCAGGCAAUGGAUUUACAAGUCUUUGCUGCACCGCGUAUUACACUUAAACCACUGGUUCCAAGUUUCCCCUGUUUUGCCAAAAUUUUGGUGUCUCUUAUGGAGAAGCCACAUGUUGAUUUUGGACUAAAGCUUAUGGGUGCAGAUGUUAUGUCAAUUCCUGGCCUGUACAUAUUUGUUCAGGAAUUUAUCAAAGAUCAGGUUGCAAAUAUGUAUUUGUGGCCAAAAACCCUAGAAGUUCAAGUCAUGGAUCCCUCAAGAGCUUUCAAGAGGCCUGUUGGAAUUCUCCAGGUGAAGGUUUUGAGGGCAAAGAAGCUUAAGAAAAAAGAUCUUAUUGGGGCCUCAGAUCCUUAUGUCAAACUAAAACUGACUGGGGAUAGUAGGCUUUCAUCAAAAAAGACGACAGUGAAGCACAAGAACUUGAACCCUGAAUGGAAUGAGGAAUUCAGUUUGGUAGUUAAAGACCCAGAAUCUCAAGUUUUGGAGCUUCGUGUCUAUGACUGGGAACAGGUUGGCAAACAUGACAAGAUGGGAAUGAAUAUGAUUACUUUGAAAGAUCUCACUCCUGAUGAACCAAAAGUUAUGACUCUUGAUCUUCUUAAAAACAUGGAUCCUAAUGAUGUUCAAAAUGAGAGGUCACGUGGGCAGCUCGAGGUGGAAGUGACUUACAAACCUUUUACAGAGGAUGAUAUACCUAAAGAAUUUGAGGAGUCGAACACUGUGGAAAAAGCUCCAGAAGGAACACCUGAUGGUGGUGGUCUGCUUGUAGUUAUAGUUCACGAAGCCCAAGAUGUUGAAGGGAAGCAUCACACUAAUCCAUAUGCUCGCCUCAUUUUUAAAGGGGAGGAGAGAAGGACCAAGCCUAUUAAGAAGAACAGGGAUCCAAGAUGGGAAGAAGAGUUUCAGUUUAUGCUGGAUGAACCGCCCAUUAAUGAUAAACUUCAUGUUGAAGUAAUGAGUUCCUCGUCAAAACUGGGCCUUCUGCAUACUAAGGAAAUUUUGGGCUAUAUCGAUAUCAACCUCGCAGAUGUCAUCAGCAACAAACGAAUCAAUGAGAAGUACCAUCUCAUUGACUCAAAGAAUGGAAUAAUUCAGAUUGAGAUGCAAUGGAGAACUUCGUCAUGAGAGCAGUAUUUUUCGUUGUGAAUGAGACUAUGCUUCUGAGUAUGGACAGUCUGAGUCAGAGAAGACCUUAAGUUUUCCAGUUUCAAACUUGGUCAAAUUGGUUCCUGUGCAUGACAAAUAAAUUUGAUUGGCCCUCUGUAUAUGUAAAUUUCUUUGGUCAAUGUUUUUCUAUGUUUUCAUGUUUAGGUUUAACCGGCUUGUAUAUUACUACCCCAUAUGUUCUGUUACUCACAAAAAUAGAAGAUUAGGAUGAAACUAUAGAAAAUACAGUCAGGACUCUUUGAUGUGUAUUUGUUACAUCAAGAAAGAAGCUAGAGUACGGCUUUGUAUGGUUUUUAUUGGUAUUUAACCUCCAAUAGUGAGGCGGUUCAAGAUCUGCUGGAUCUUGUGGCUGUUGACUUGAUGUCUUGAUGAUAUUGAGCCAAACUUUUGACUAGA